CGGGUGGCGGAGUCGUCCUGUCAGUCUCUGCUUCAACGCUGCUGCGAGCACUUCGCUCCUCCGGCUUUUGUUUCAGGAGCUCAACGCUCAGCUCGUCUUUCGAAUCCCAAGAUGAAACGAGUUUGGCUGAUAGGUCUUCUGUUCGCCCUACUGGCCUUCGCUGCUGUGAAGGCUGAGGAUGAGCUGGAUGUGGAUGGAACAGUGGAGGAUGAUCUAGGGAAAAGCAGAGAUGGCUCCCGAACAGAUGACGAGGUGGUGCAGAGAGAGGAAGAAGCAAUCCAGCUGGAUGGCUUAAAUGCAGCUCAGAUUAAGGAACUCAGGGAAAAGUCUGAAAAACACGCCUUCCAGGCUGAGGUCAACCGCAUGAUGAAGCUGAUUAUCAAUUCUCUGUACAAGAACAAGGAGAUCUUCCUCAGGGAGCUUAUUUCCAAUGCGUCGGAUGCUCUGGAUAAGAUCCGCCUGCUUUCUCUGACCAAUGAGGAUGCAAUGGCUGCCAAUGAAGAAUUGACAAUCAAAAUCAAAUCUGAUAAGGAAAAGAACAUGCUUCACAUCACUGACACGGGGAUUGGAAUGACCAAAGAGGAGCUGGUGAAGAACUUGGGCACCAUCGCCAAGUCCGGCACCAGCGAGUUCCUUAACAAGAUGACAGAAAUGCAGUCAGAGGGACAGUCUACCUCAGAGCUGAUCGGUCAGUUUGGCGUGGGUUUCUACUCGGCUUUCCUCGUCGCCGACAAGGUCAUUGUGACAUCGAAGCACAACAACGACACCCAGCACAUCUGGGAGUCCGAUUCCAACCAGUUCUCCGUCAUCAGUGAUCCCCGAGGCGACACGCUCGGCAGAGGAACCACAAUCACGCUUGUUCUGAAGGAGGAGGCUUCUGACUACCUGGAACUGGAGACGAUCAAGAACCUUGUGAGGAAGUACUCCCAGUUCAUCAACUUCCCCAUCUACGUCUGGGCCAGCAAGACUGAGACGGUUGAAGAGCCCAUUGAGGACGACGCUGAGGCAGCAGAGGAGCCAGAGAAGGAGGCUGAAGAUGAGGCUGAGGUGGAGGAGGAAGAGGAGGACAAAGACAAACCAAAGACAAAGAAGGUUGAGAAGACGGUGUGGGACUGGGAGCUGAUGAACGACAUCAAGCCCAUCUGGCAGAGACCAGCGAAGGAGGUUGAGGAGGAUGAAUACAAAGCUUUCUACAAGACCUUCUCAAAGGACAGCGACGACCCUCUAGCUCACAUCCACUUCACAGCUGAGGGUGAAGUGACGUUCAAGUCCAUCCUGUUUGUGCCCACCUCGGCUCCCCGCGGCCUGUUCGACGAGUACGGCUCCAAGAAGAACGAUUACAUCAAGCUUUUCGUCAGGAGAGUUUUCAUCACAGACGACUUCAACGACAUGAUGCCCAAAUACCUGAACUUCGUCAAAGGAGUGGUUGACUCAGAUGACCUUCCUCUGAAUGUGUCCAGAGAGACUCUGCAGCAGCACAAACUGCUCAAGGUCAUCCGUAAGAAGCUGGUUCGUAAGACUCUGGACAUGAUCAAGAAGAUCGCAGAGGAACAGUACAACGAGAAGUUCUGGAAAGAAUUUGGAACAAACAUCAAGCUGGGCGUCAUCGAGGAUCACUCCAACAGGACCCGUCUGGCCAAGCUGCUGCGCUUCCAGACCUCCAACAGCCAGACCGAGCUGGCCAGCCUGGAGCAGUACGUGGAGCGCAUGAAGGAGAAGCAGGACAAGAUCUACUUCAUGGCCGGCACCAGCAGGAAGGAGGCCGAGUCUUCACCAUUCGUCGAGAGGCUGCUGAAGAAGGGCUACGAGGUGGUGUACCUGACGGAGCCCGUGGAUGAGUACUGCAUCCAGGCUCUGCCCGAGUUCGAUGGAAAGCGCUUCCAGAACGUGGCGAAGGAGGGUGUUAAAUUUGAUGAGAGCGAGAAGGCCAAAGAGAAGCGCGAGGCCCUAGAGAAGGAGUAUGAACCUCUCACCACCUGGCUGAAGGACAAGGCUCUGAAAGACAAGAUUGAGAAGGCCGUGCUCUCUCAGAGGCUCACCAACUCGCCUUGUGCUCUGGUCGCCAGCCAGUACGGCUGGUCAGGAAACAUGGAGAGGAUCAUGAAGGCUCAAGCUUACCAGACAGGAAAAGAUAUUUCUACCAACUACUACGCCAGCCAGAAGAAAACCUUAGAAAUCAACCCCAAACAUCCUCUUAUCAAGCAGAUGCUCAGCAAAGUCAAUGACGAUGCCGAGGACCAGACUGCAUCGGAUCUCGCCGUGGUUCUGUUUGAAACGGCAACACUGCGCUCGGGCUAUCAGCUGGCUGAUACCAAGGCUUACGGGGACAGGAUAGAGCGCAUGCUCCGACUCAGUAUGAACAUCCCUCUGGACGAACAGAUUGAAGAAGAACCAGAGGAGCCUGAGGAAGAAGCAGCUGAUGACUCCGAAGACAAAGAUGAAGAAAUCAUGGAUGAGGAUGAUGAAGAAACGGAAAAGACAGACAGGGAUGAACUGUGAAGCACCGACUGGGAGAGUGCAACGCGGCACCUGGAACCGGGUCUAGUGUCACACGGUGGUUGACAUUUUUCUGGGUGGGGGUUCCUGAGUUUGGGGUUUUUUAAGAAGUGCAUUGUUUGUGGUUUGUUUUUUUUUUUUUUUUUUUUUUUUACAUUCCUCAUGACUGUAAAUUUGUUAAUAUUUAACUGACCUGUUUCUCGAAAGCUGCAAUCAUGUCUAUUGAUCAAUAAAUGUUUCCUGGGAAAACA